CUGCUGCUGCUGCAGCUAGCACCAGGGUGUGAGCACCGCAAUUGCGUACAGUGUGUGUUUGUGUUUGUGAUGCUGCUGGCCAAUUUGCGCGAUUCCGGAAGUGUGCAAGUGUAGGAUAGCGGAGCAAGAGAGAGAGAGAGAGAGAGAGAGAGAGAGAGAGAACCGGGCGGUCGUACACGCGGUCGGGCUUUUCCGCGGCUGCGUGCCGCAUCGACAGCGGCACUUUUCGGUGUGUACACACGGCACCGCGAGAGCACUCGACGGGGAAGCGGUGGUCGCUUUUGUCACAGUAGCAUCAGCAGCGGCGGCGUCGUCACCGACGACUUCUCUAGCUAUUCCCAAACCCGACAGAAUAGGCAAGACGCGUCCCGCGGCGACGUUAGCGACUGCUGCUGCGUCUGUUUGUGCUGCGCGUUAGUGUUUUUGUUCUAUUUUUGUAAGUGAAUCGCUGCUUCCCGUGUCCCCUUGCGAUUUUAACAUCACCACCUCCACCACCACCGGCGUUUGACAGAGGAGGAUCGUGCAUCUGCAACAAAAAGGGAUCACCGCUAAUCACAGCGCAAUCAAUCAACGUCGGACGGACAAUCCACUUCAAGUUUGCAGACACACACACACAGUACGGUCGCCACACCAAUUAUGCGCCAGCGGGACCAGUCCGACGAUAUCAGCGCCAUGUGCCGAGCGUCCUGAAGCGUUGGAGACUACUUCCCCGGUCUGCUGCGGUUCUUUAGCCACAGUUCCUGCCCAUCCCGUCCUUCUUCCCAGUAUUCGACUCUUUCUCUAUCCUUCUCUCUCUGUGUACGUCUAAUCGGAUCGAAGGACGAUCGAUGGACGAAAGCGUGGCGCGACUACAUGAAAGGACACACCAGGACCAAAUGGCGCAUCAUUAAGCGCCUCUUUCUAUUCUUUACCACCCUCUCAGUUAUUCCACUCACCGUACUCUACCUAAUCACCUCCGAUCAGCUCUACCGUUUUCGCCAGUACACGUACGGAGCAAUCGCUGGCAAUGGAUCGACACGCCAGCAGCUGCUCCCGUUCCGUGUGCCGCUCCAUCCGCCCGACGGUAUCGUGCACCAUCUACGGCUUGCGCAGCACCGGCUACGGCCGCAGCAGCACGCACAGCACGAACGGCAGGCCGGGCCGGAUCACUACUCGGCGCGGGCCGCGCUUAAGAACAACGCUACGCUCAACAGCCAGUACCGGCUGGACAUGGAGUACAUGAAGCGCCGGAUGGAGCACAGGGUCGAGCGGUUGCAGAAAAAGUGCGCCGAGCACCGGCUGAACGAGCCCAAGCACAACUAUAAACCGAAGGCGUGGGAAUAUCUGAUCCAGCCCGAGUACCAUCUCGUCUGGUGCAACGUGUUCAAGGCGGCCUCCACCUCCUGGAUGUACAACUUCAACCUGAUGGCGGGCUACACGCCCCAGUUUCUGCGCAAAACGAAGGACGUCCCGUUGCAGCUGGCCCGCCAAAAGUACCCCCGGCCGUCGGUGGAAAAGCUAAAGCAAGCCAUCAACGAAUCGAUAUCGUUCAUUAUCGUGCGGCAUCCGUUCGAGCGGCUGGUGAGUGCGUACAAGGACAAGAUACAGUACGCACUGCCGAACUCGCACCACCACAAGCUGGGCAACCGGAUCAUACAGAAGUACCGGAAAACGGUCAACGGGAAGCCGACGACACUGCUCAAACAUCCGACCUUUUCCGAGUUUGUCAAUUACCUGCUGGACGAGAUCAAGCAUCCGCACUACGAGAUCGACAUGCACUGGGUGCCGGUGACGCACUUCUGCACGCCCUGCUUCUUCCAUUACGAUGUGAUAGCGAAGUUCGAGACGCUCGAGGAGGACCAGAACUAUCUGGUCGCGAUCGGCCACCUGGACAGUGUGAUUAAGCCGCAGUGGAAGAACGCCGGCAAGGGGGCGCACACGAACGACGUGCUCGCCCGGUUCUUCUCGGAGCUGGACAACGCCCAGAUCCGGGGACUGUACGACUACUAUCGGUUCGAUUUCGAACUGUUCGGCUACAGUGCCAAGGGCUACUUUAAGGACUUAAUUACGAACUAGUUUAGGUGAGCAAAUUCUGGCCCAAUUCUGUAUCUUGUUGACCCCUUUUGUCGUUCCGUUGUAGUGAAACCAAAUUGGAAAAAUUGAUUAAUUGAUGAUAGAACGCUCUGAGAGGGGGGAGGGGGGGGGGAUAAAUCCCUCCAGCUCGCAACGAUCGCUUUCUACCUUUUCUCCCCCUAUUCUAGACGUGCCGAGCAGCAAAAUUAGGGCAAUUUAAAUAGUGAGAUAUCAUGGAUUAUGUCAAAUUACUAGCGCGAUAGCAAACUUCUACACACUAAUUCCAUGUGAAGGGUGGGGACACAGAUCAGGGUAAAGAAUGGAAGGGACGACGAGCGCGGGAACGUUUGGACGGCCUAGUGAAACAAAAAAGCAGAACAGAAAAGACACACCGAAAGGAGAGAGCGAGACACAAACACAGAGAGAAAGACACUAAUUAAAAGACAACAAUUGCGCGGAACAGCUUAGGAUUAGAGUAGCGGGCAUUAAUAUUAUACAUUCAGCAAGGAAAGGAAAGCAUAAUAAUAACAAAGGAAAACGGAAACGGUCCUCCCAGCGCCAGCCGGAGAGUGCCGGAGAAAGGGGCCGCAGAAUAUUUUCUACAUAUUUGAGAGCAAAGCAAAACCAAGAAAACAAGAAAAGGAUAAUCAAAACCCAACUAGCUAAACCCCAUUACUAGCUAUUUACUAUAGGAGAUACGUCCAUUAGCGAUUAAGGCGAGGAAAAAAUGGGUGAGGGGGAGGAACACAUACAUAUGAUUGCAUGUUUCGGUGUAGAUUAUUUCUCGAACCAGUUUUACGCGCAAUUACGGUUUUUUGUUCGAUACGAUUUCGGCAUAUUGAUUACAAAGGAAGCAUGAAUUUCAAAAUUAAGCUUAACGUAAAAUUAUUGAAAAAUUAAUAAUAAUAGCAGAACGCUCCCAACCCCGAUCCAUUUAGAGGCAAAACGAUCCUGCUUUUGCGGCAAACCACACGAGAGGCUUACCAAACGAGGUACCAAAACCGUGAUUGAUACAGUAGUUUUUAAGGCGUAGAUAGCGUGUUUUCUUCAUCGUGCAGAUUAGGUUGUGUGUGUGUGUGUGAGGAAGAUUCGAUCCUACUUUUCGUUUUGUUUCGUUUUGUGUGUUGUGCAGCAAAUGUUAAGCCCCAUGGGAAGCAGAAACUUUGGCUUCCAAUGUGCGUAUUUGGAACAGGCUAGUCAAGGAUAGAAAUAGAAGGAACUCCCUCUCCCAGGGAUGUGCGUUAGCGACAUUGUUUUUAAUGGUUAUUGUCUGGUUUGCUUCAAGCACUUUAGCAGCUGUAGAGCGUUAGCGGAAGUUUCUUUCCACAAAUACAGACACACACAUACACACAUACACAAAUGUAUUCCAACGUAAGUUUCAACACCAAAGAUAUCAAUUCCAAAACCGACCCAGUUGGUGGAGAGAUUGUACAAAGAAACGAAACGGGAUGUGUAUCAUGAUAUCAGACCGGGUGAGCAGAAGAGAGGGGAAAAAGAAGGAUACACCACACAAAUCAGAUUCGGUCGGUUUAUCGGUAUUAGAGAUAGAUUGCUAAUCACUUAGUGCAAGAAAGCAAACCCCCCGCAAUCACACGCUUUCCAAAUUGUAGUGGGAAGGUAGAAUAGAAAAAAUCAGUUUUCCAAAAUUUCGUAGCAAAAAAAAAACCACUGAGACCAAAAUUUGUGCUCGAAAAGAUUUCACCGUUAUUUGGAUGUGUAAGUUCAAAUUCGGCCCAUUGAAAAUAAAAUAUCGGAAUCAGAAUUCGGGAGCUUGUGCCGGGGGAGCAAACGACAGAACGUAGUGUAGUUUUGAUUCCGUUUUUUUCCAAAUCCGUUCCUUGUCCCCUUGAAAAAAAGGACGAACAGAGGAAGAUUUAAGCUCUAAACACUUAUGCAAUAGCAGUACGAAAACGAAAAUGGCAAUAAAUAAAAUUCUAGUAAACUUCA